GGACUCGCUGUGAAGAUGGCCGAGGAGUCCUCUUCGUCCUCCCUCCUCGUCCCCCGCCGCCUCGGUGCUGCCACUGCCUCUCUCUCAGCAGCGCAGCAGCAGCAGCUCAAAAACAAAAGCCUUUUGAUUUCCUCGGUCGCCGUGGGGCACCACGCGAGGCUGUACCAAAGCUGCUCUUCCACCGUCUCCAGUUUCGCCAACAGUAAACCCGGGUCGGCCAAGAAGUUAGUGCUCAAGAACUUUAAAGAUAAACCUAAAUUGCCUGAGAAUUACACAGAUGAAACCUGGCAAAAACUUAAAGAAGCAGUAGAAGCUAUUCAGAAUAGUACUUCAAUAAAGUACAAUUUAGAAGAGCUCUAUCAGGCUGUUGAAAAUCUCUGCUCCUACAAAAUUUCUGCAAAUUUGUACAAGCAGUUAAGACAGAUUUGUGAAGACCAUAUCAAAGCACAGAUUCAUCAGUUCAGAGAGGAUUCAUUGGACAGUGUUCUUUUUCUCAAGAAAAUAGACAAAUGUUGGCAAGAUCAUUGCAGACAAAUGAUAAUGAUUAGAAGUAUCUUUUUGUUCCUGGAUCGAACCUAUGUACUUCAAAAUUCAAUGCUGCCAUCAAUUUGGGAUAUGGGGCUUGAAUUGUUCAGGACUCAUAUAAUUAGUGAUCAGAAAGUUCAGAACAAGACCAUAGAUGGCAUUCUUCUGUUGAUUGAGAGGGAGAGAAAUGGAGAGGCUAUUGAUAGGAGCCUGCUCCGCAGCCUUCUAAGCAUGCUUUCAGAUUUGCAGAUCUACCAGGAUUCUUUUGAGCACAGAUUCUUGGAAGAAACUAAUCGACUAUAUGCAGCAGAAGGGCAGAGGCUUAUGCAAGAAAGAGAGGUUCCAGAGUAUCUUCAUCAUGUUAACAAACGCUUGGAGGAAGAGGCAGACAGGAUUAUCACAUACUUGGAUCAAAGCACUCAGAAACCACUAAUUGCUACUGUAGAAAAACAGCUGCUAGGUGAACAUUUAACAGCCAUUCUACAGAAAGGUUUAAAUAAUCUCCUGGAUGAAAACCGAAUUCUGGAUUUAUCUUUACUAUAUCAGCUGUUCAGUAGAGUCAAAAAUGGUGUGCAAGCUCUUUUGCAGCAAUGGAUUGAAUAUAUAAAGGCAUUUGGCAGCACUAUUGUAAUUAAUCCAGAGAAAGACAAAACCAUGGUCCAAGAGCUCCUAGACUUUAAAGAUAAAGUUGAUCAUAUAAUUGACAUUUGCUUUUUGAAGAAUGAAAAAUUUGUCAAUGCCAUGAAAGAAGCCUUUGAAACCUUCAUCAACAAAAGACCAAAUAAACCCGCUGAACUCAUAGCUAAGUAUGUGGAUUCAAAGCUUCGUGCUGGCAAUAAAGAAGCUACUGAUGAAGAACUUGAGAAGAUGCUGGAUAAAAUUAUGAUUAUAUUUAGAUUUAUCUAUGGAAAGGAUGUUUUUGAAGCCUUCUACAAAAAAGAUCUAGCAAAGCGGCUACUAGUAGGCAAAAGUGCAUCAGUAGAUGCUGAGAAAUCCAUGCUUUCAAAACUCAAACAUGAAUGCGGAGCUGCUUUCACCAGCAAACUUGAAGGAAUGUUUAAAGACAUGGAACUUUCUAAAGAUAUCAUGAUACAAUUUAAACAGUAUAUGCAAAAUCAGAAUGUACCUGGUAACAUUGAGCUCACCGUGAAUAUCUUGACUAUGGGCUAUUGGCCAACCUAUGUGCCUAUGGAAGUCCACCUGCCUUCAGAGAUGGUAAAGCUCCAAGAGAUAUUUAAGACAUUUUAUUUAGGAAAACACAGUGGCAGAAAACUUCAGUGGCAAUCAACAUUAGGGCACUGUGUACUCAAAGCAGAAUUUAAAGAGGUAAUAUGUUUUCUAAGGGCAAAAAAAGAGCUGCAGGUCUCUUUGUUCCAGACUCUAGUGCUGCUUAUGUUUAAUGAAGGUGAAGAAUUCAGUUUGGAAGAAAUAAAACAAGCCACAGGAAUAGAGGAUGGAGAGCUACGACGAACCCUUCAGUCAUUAGCCUGUGGCAAGGCAAGAGUGUUAACAAAAAGCCCCAAAGGCAAAGAUGUGGAAGAUGGUGACAAAUUUACUUGCAAUGAUGACUUCAGACAUAAGCUGUUCAGGAUAAAAAUCAAUCAGAUUCAGAUGAAAGAAACGGUAGAGGAACAAGCCAGCACUACAGAAAGAGUGUUUCAGGAUCGGCAAUACCAAAUUGAUGCAGCAAUUGUGAGAAUUAUGAAAAUGCGCAAAACACUUAGCCACAAUCUGCUUGUGUCAGAAGUAUAUAACCAGCUAAAAUUCCCAGUAAAGCCUGCUGACCUUAAGAAGAGAAUAGAAUCAUUAAUCGACAGAGACUACAUGGAAAGAGACAAGGAAAAUCCCAACCAAUAUAACUACAUUGCAUAAACAUACGACGGGCCUUUUUUGUUUUUCUUUUCUGCACAUUUGAUGUUCUACUUGGUUGCUGGUGGAUAAACGAGCCUGUUGAUCCCAUUAAAUUAACCUUUUUUCUACUACCAAUGACUGAAAUGAAAGCAAUGUAAUGGGGAGGGGGGAACAUAAUAGAACGAACUUUUUCGAUGGCUGUAACAUGCCCAUUUAAGGAGUAGUAUUUACAUUUUUAAGAAGAAUGCUGUUGAACUCUUUGCAUGAUAUUUGGUAUGAUGUGCAGAAAACCAUAAGGAAGUAUCUGGUCAUUGUGAUUCCAUUUCCCCCACUCACCCCAAUUUAAAAGGAAGUCUCUCUUUAGCAUACAGCUGCCAUCCCUUGUUCCAUCUCAAAACCAGUGAAAAGGUAAAAUUUAACCUUUUUAUUUUAAAAACGUAGCCUUUUAAAAUGCUUAAACUGCAUGCAGAAUUAAUUACUGUGUGAAAUUAUUGGACGUGUUUAUCAAAUAGCAAAGGCUGCAUGGAUUUGGCUAUCUCUUGAAAUAACAAGUCAGCCUUACAUUCCUUGAGUACAUGAAACAGUUCUGCAGCUAUUGGAAAGAAAAUGACACUCCCACGAAUAGACUUACAGUUGAAAUAGUGUGACCUAUUCAUUGUCAGCAACUUAAAUUUCUUCAGUUUGAACUGCAAAGUCUGCCAUAAAAAUGUAGGGUUUAAACCGCCAAUAUAUUCCCUUCAACUUCAAAUGUAAGUACUUGGGGGGGGGGGCAAUUCUUCCCUUAAAUGUUGACGUUGGGGCUCCCUCUCCCUUUUUUAUUGUUCACAGAGAAAUUAAAUUUUGAACUCUGCAUGAACACAGAGUUUGGGUUGAUUUUUCUUUUUCCUUCCAGAUGCAGCACUACAAGAAUUUACUUGAGGGAAGUUCGUUCUUUCUUUCUUUCUUUCUUUCUACAUGAUUUCCAUUUAGUGCAAGGAAUGGCUGGCUGUUCAUGGAGUUGCUUGCUUGCACCAUUGUUGUUGGCAACAACAUUGUUUCAAGACAGAUGUGGGCUUCUUUCACCCUCCAGAUGUUCAACUAAUGUUCCCAUCAGACUCAGCCAGUAAGGCUAAUAGUCAUAUAAUAGAAAUUACAAUCCAGGGAUAUCUGCAUGUUAUUGCUAAGGUUGCCCACUGAUGCAUUAAGAAACAAUCCUUGAGCAAAUCUGCCAAACCCUCUUUAACAUAGAUUAACAAGGUGCAACUACAAAGAAUGUAGAGAGCUGAUCCUCUCCAACCAUGUACAACCAUAAGAAGCUACUAUUUGGAAAAGGUAACAAAAUUCUACCUUUCAAACACCUGAGUUUCUUUAUGAUCACAGAGUAUUUUUCUCCUUUUGCCCCUCUGCAUUUACUCUCCUAAUAAACAAGUUUAGGGUUGUUUUUUAUUUAGACCUCUUCUGAUUGAUUUACUCUUCUUGUCUCUUCUGACCAUCCCCAUCUCUUGGAAACUUUUGGUUACCCUUCUUCCUGCUCUGUUCAUCUCUAGAACGUGCAAUAAGGUGAUUUAAGUAGAAGAAACUGCAAUUUGCAAGACAUUGAAUUACCUUUCUAGAAUAGCUGAGUUCAUGGGAAUCCUGAGACAGGGAAAUUACUAAUAAAUUCAUACCUACAAGGUGUCUUUUUAAAAAUAUAUGUUUGCCAGUUGCAUCUCUUUUCCUAUGCUGGUAAUGCUUCUUUUUAAAAUAAAAACUCCUUAAACCGAGUUUAUGUAAAGAAAACAAAAUAUUGAGUUAUGCCAAGGAAAUCUAAAUGGAAAAAUGUUUAAAAUGAGGCUGGAAUGGAAACAUAAGACUGUUGUACAAUUUGACGUGUACGAAGCAGUAAAAUGAGAUAAAGAAAGCUAAGGAUGGGUGUUUUGAAAAUGAAUUUGGCUAUAAACAAAACCACCAUAUUUUCAGUAAGAUGCUUUAACCCUGUAGCAAAUUUUACCGGAACGCUGUUUUUGAAAUGUGACGAUUUGGACAAUUCCAUUCAGUUAUCACAGUUCUAUGCAAUUCUUUAAAGGUGUAGUUUAUUAAUGACAUCGCUGACAUGAAUAUUAGCAAAGGUUGCUCAUGUUAACGCUUGUGGCAAAAACGGCAUGUUUGCUCUCAUAUUUCCACAGUGAGCAUUAAUAAAUCACCCUCUCUUUACUGAUUGGUGUUGAACUUUGGCAAAAACUACUUUCCAGCCAUACUGUCCAGCAACUUUUUUUUUUUUGCUGGAAUCAUGUGCCUGCUUUAUUGAGCCAUAAAGAUAUUUAUAUAGAUAUAUACAUAUAUAAAUACACCUUUCUUUUUGCAGUGGGUUUGGACUGUGACCCACACAGCUAAUCUGGCCAUACAUUUUUAAAAUCUUCCCUCUGUUGCAUGCAGUUUAUAGCAGACUCAUUUAUAAGAAGCAGUUUAUUCUAAUGCUUUAAUUUUGGUGUGUUGGUUUUUUUAAAGAAACUUUCUAUCCAAAAACAGGGGUUUUUUUUUCUUUUUGGCUGAUUUGAAAUUAAGAACGUGACCAUUUUGUUUCAAAACUAAUGGCAAAUGUCUUGUAAAAAUUGUUCUGUUUGAUAGCAUAUACAAAGGUGCCAAAGUACAUAUAGAUAAUUAAAAAGAAAAGUAGGAAAUUGUUAAGUUUAGCUGUGGUUUUACCUUUUUGACCCUUCAGAUGCUCAUUUUUAUGUGUUGCGCAUUUCUGUGUGUACAUGUGUGUCCUGGCCUCUUAACUUCUCCAAAGCAUAACAUCUGUCCUAACGCUUUCUCUUUAAAACAAAUGUUUUUUGGGUUCCGUGCAUUUGAAAAUACCACUUUUAUUUUUAAUUACUUCAUACAAUAGGAAAAGCAUCUCCUUUGUUUCAAAAAUGUUUAAAGUUCCAAGAGUACAGCAGCAUUCAAAAAUGUAAUAUACUUUUUUGUAUAAAGACAUUCUUCAGAAGAGUACCUUUGGAGUUUUGUGAGAAGGAGGGACAGACAACAACGGAAACGGAAAAGAGCCUUGCUCUUUUCACGAAGCCUCUGAUGGGCCGCUUAAGAUACAAGCUCUGCUUGUUUUGGUAGAAGUGCUCUACUUACACAAGUCUGCAAAUGGGGCAUGUCAGCAUUGCAUCAUUCAGUGCAAAAAUAUAUAUAUGUCAAAUGUUUCUUAAGAAGUGGAUGGGUACAGAGAGUCUCUUCUUUGGUAAAUAAUGUAAAUACAUGUCCUUUAAAAAGAGUGAGUCUGUUACCUAGGUAUUUUGUGUCAUUUAAUAAAUAAUAAACAGUUUUGUGUUGCUAAA